CGCUUGACACUCCAGUGUACCUUUGUCCAUAUAUCAACAAUCUUAACAUAUGUUCCGUGUAGUUGUUCAGUUGUUCUUCGUUUAAACCGUGCACCUAUUUCUACAUGGUUGGUUCACGGUCCAGAGAUGCAACAGAAGGACAGUACCAAAAUGAAGAAACUGGCAAUAGCAUCAAUAACUUUAAGCAAAAGAACCCACAUCUCUGACUCUCCAUUGUCAGCUUUAUAAUUUGUUUCCACAGCGAGAAACUUGCUAGGAAUUGGUAAAAUGUUUGAUCUUUGUUUGAGGGUUUGAAGGGUUACUUGUAUAUGUUUGCUUUCAUGAAUCCGUAUUUCUAUUUUGGUCAUCGUCAGCCAUUGUAUAAGAAAGGAAGGCAACAUGAAAGAAACUAUAUUGUGCAUAACCAAAUGCAAAGGAGCAAGCAUUCAUGUUAACAACCAAAUGCAAACAGGCAGCUAGAUUUCUAGAGUUAUAACUUACAAGUUACAACAGCAAAAGGUGCUCCGUAUGUGCUGGAGUCCGAGAUUCCAUCUGACUGGGACUUGGGUGUCUGCAAAAUCUCUCUGCAGCACACACGUGUUCCUAAACAUAAACUCAACUGGAGGAAAAGAAAAUGAAAUUAAACGUGAGAGCUUGAUUCCUGCAACUGCAACUGGCAGUCGGAGAUGAGAUCAAUACGAAACCAAAAUUCAGUUGUAGGUUCUAGGCUGAAACAGAACAUUUCAUAUUCUUUCUAUACAUAAAAGCUGGGUACGCUUUUUCCUGUCACUGUAGCACUUUCUGUCUUCUAGCGCCUAUCAAACCCUUCUCUGGAAAACCUUCGCUGGAAAACUUCCCCAUCCAAAUGCUUUCCCUCGCCAACGACCAUGCCGCUCCCCUACCUCCCGUACGCUACUGCUACGCUUCCCUUAUUGCAGCUGUCGUACCGUCCUUCUAUCAAUUCUCUACACCAAAGCCAUGCCUUCACUUUUGGAGUUCUGAAGUGGGUUGCGUGUAAAAUGUAGAUUGGGGGUGAAGAAUGGGGCGAGAUUUGGGGAAUGGGUAUGGGAGGACAGAGUCCUAGAGACGAAGGACGCGGAAUUCGUGGGUGAAGGUACGGCGGACGAAAGAUGGAUAAGCUCUCUGCAGGAAACAACACGCUACCGAUUGAGAUCUCUUCGCACCCGCUCACACACGCUACCACCCAUGUUUCGUACCAUCAUCGCCUUUCUUCCCUCGAUUAGUGGAAGAGCGAGCUUCUUGCUUUGGCGCUCUCAAAAUCGCGUGCACCUUCUUUUCUAUUUUCGUUGUUUCUCUCUUCCCCGCUUUGACGCCAGGCUCUUCGACUCAAAAUCUCUCGGCCGGCGGCGGGUACUGCUACCACCAACCAACGGCGGUAGGUGAUUCAUCUUUCUUCUGCCCCUAUAUUUGAUGGAAAAAAUUAUGCCCUUGCCACUUUCCUUUGUUGGAAUAGGGUUUAGUUUCAGGUUCUGCUGAUGCCUUAUGUGGUGUGCGGCGUUUAAGUUUUUUGUGAGUUCUGCUGCCGAGCUUUUGUUUAUUUCUCUUUCCCUUUUCCAGCGAUUUCCUUCAGGAUGGAUAGGUAUCAGCUCAAAUAGACACUUGGUACUUGGUGUACUCAGUCACGGAGAGCGGAAAGAUAGAGAAAACAGGGUAUCUGAUGUUGGUGAUAAGACGCCUGCGGGAUAAGAUGCGACAGCCAAUCUUCCGGGCAGCGGGGAACCGACUGUGGCGGCAGGUGCAGAUCGAAAGAGGGUUUCAUUGUAUCUGUCUAUCUACAGGUAAGAUUCAGUCACUGGGUGGUUCUGUUUAUUUGUUCUCUUUUAUUGAAAAUGAGAAUAUCCUCUUUUACUUGGUGGUUGUGGCAUUCUGUGCGAGGCUGAGAAAGAACGUACCAGGUUUGUUUCAGAAUCAAUUGUCUUCUCCAUUGUCGCUGCUUUCAUUUGCUGUGUGUUUGAUGCUUUUAAUUGGAAAAGAAGCCUUACAAACGAAUGUAAUGCAUAUGAUUGGGUUUAUCUGUGGGUUUGGUGCGUUUAAUUUGCAUUGGACUCAUCAAGUUCAAUUAGUUAGUACAAAGAGAUUUGUUGUUUAUGGCAGUACAGGGAAUGCAAAGUUUUAUAGCAUAAAAGGAGAUUGACUUACGUAAUGAGCGUUUGCUCUGGUAUUUUUGUCUUGCAGAGGGUUGUGGAUGGUGAAGCAUGCCAACCACUCCGAAGAGGUUUAUUGAGACGCCAAGGAAUACUGCCCAAGGCAAGCUUACGAAAUUCUCUAGAUUAUUGUUUCACCUAUCAGAUUUUUGGGUGCUUUUAAUUGUUGAAGUUUUUUUGAAUGCUUUUAUUUCUUUGCUUGGGUUUAUGGACUCAUAAAAUAACUUACUGUUGAGGAGUGUCACGGAGCAAUCUUUAUUUAGAUUUGUGGUCUUAUUUGCAUCUGCAAAUUUGGUUGCGGUUCAUUGUGUUUUAUAAGAGAUGGCAAAAUGGGUGUGUUUUCUUGCUGCAAUCUUGGGAGCCUAAUUAAGCUUAGACCAUGGACGAAAUGCCAUAUGUAGUUAUACUGUCUCUUCCUCUUAUUAUUCUCUGAGCUUUUUCUUUGUUCACAUAGGUGUGCAUGACAACUCAAAACGUUUUCUUUGUGGCAGAUAUGAUGGUGAAACUGGCUUAUAGGUAGAUAAUCGAGACUGUCAGGGAGAAGAUAGGGUUCAGUUGCUUGCAGGAAAAGGAACUGACACCACUUAUGUACCACGAGGAAGGUGGGGAGACGGAUGAGCACAUGUUUUAUGUGUCCAAGACUUUGUUGCUGGAUUUGGGUACCAUGGUAAGGAAGAAUCUAUGCUGUUUGGGGUUGCUUUGAUAUUUACUCAUUAAGGAAGUUAGUUAUAGUUUUGGGGAUAUUCUUUGCUUCAUAAUUCUGAUUUGUGGGUUCCUGUGCAUGGUUAGAUAAGGGUUUGAGGGUCAUGAGAGUGGGGGAAGCAGGUUAUGGUAAGUAAGCUACAUCAGUUGUUAUAGAUCGGCUUUGCUUGGUUGAAUGGAUGAGGGGGAGAGGGAAAUGAUGGAAAAAAAAGGUUUGAUCAACCAUAUUAAGGAGUAAUAUAUUCUCAUGGUUAUUUUUGCCAAAGAGGGGACAUAAGGGUUUCGUUUGAAGGUGAAGAUUGGGUGGAAAAGGAAAGGGGAAAAGAUGAUUAUGGGUGUCUUGCCAUGCCAUGGUUGUUGGUUGUCUGCUGCAUGGAUUUAAAUUAAUUGCUACUUUCCUAAUCUAUUACAAGUUUCAGAAAUCAUGCUAUUUCAGAGGUUAACAAAUGUUCUUUGUACCUUACCAACUUCCAAUUCUGGUCUACAACCUGAUUGUAUUUCCAGCUUCCUAUUUUGGUCAUUUGUUAGCACUGCAUCCUGUUUGCAUCUGCAACUUCUCUUUCUAGACAAUUGGCCAAUUACUACUUUACCACUGUCCACAAGCUUUAAGUUCUUCAUUUUCUGAAAGCUGUUACGUAGGAAUAUAUGCUAGAAUGUUGGUUUUUAUGUCCCUUCUAUGUUGUAUACUUCCUACUGCAUGUUUUUAUCUCCCUUGGAACUGAAGUAUAUGUUUGCUGGUUCUGGUGUUCUCUUCCUCUUCUCUAGAGUCUGGACCGAUGUGUUUUUACGAAUGUCUACACUAAUGUAGUAAUAUACUGGCCCAUGUUUCAAGGAGGUCUGAUUAGUUCCAUCACUUGAGAUUCUGGUGGUGGGUUUUUUUUUUCUUCAUAUCAUCUGCACUUGCAUCUUAUCCAAGUAUGUGUGGGCCUAUCAUGUUCUGCUCACAUCAUCCGUGCAUUCUGGAAGUUGCAAUGCUGUUUGGUUGAGUUUUUUCUAUAUGAAUUCUGCUUCAUAAUAAUUUAAGACUUUGAAACUCUGGCAGUGUCAUCAAUUUCUGCACAGAUGAUCCUUAACAAGGUAACUAAGAACAGUUAGCAACAAUUUCGAUGCUGGAAGGACUUUACUACAUUACAUGGAUAAAAUGUAACUCAGCCUUUUAUGUUCUCACUAUGGUAUGGGUGCAUUUUGUAGGUUUAGAACAAGGUAAGAGACCUGGAAUGGGGUCCCAUUUCAUACUUGCCUGGAUGAAGGUAGGAAGAAGAUAACCGCAGUGUUCUGAAUCAGCAUCAUCACAACAGUGUCCGCCUUUCUACUUCUCAGCCAAGUACUACUCCUGCAGUAGCGGAGAUGGAUGCGUGAGGCAGAGGCGCAGACCAACUUCUUUGAGGGGAACCCCUGUUGGGACAAGGCGUCGGCUACUCCGUCAUUCUCGGCUUCGAUGCCUUCUUUGCCAUCGUCACUUCUUUUCUGGUCCAAAACUUUAAACACACUUUCUUAUUCUUCUUCUGUUUUUUUUUAGCACUUAGAAUGGUUAACACUGCCAGCAAGAACGCCCAAAACUGCACUUAUUGGCAGUGUCAUUGUCUCCUAGGUAACUCUCUCACUCUCUCUUAACAAUUUCCAUUCAUUCCUUGCUCUCUGUGUUCUCUUAUGAAACUUUUCAAAAUGAAAUAAAUCAAGCUUAGGAGUUUAUACUCGAUGGUUCUUCUCAAUUGGAUGGCUCAUGAAAGUCUUUUUCAUCUUGCUCAAGGAAGAGAAAGUACUUGCUGGAUCCGGACAGUUGUAGUAGGAAGAAAAGGUGCCUCGAGUUGGAGCUUUUGCUUUCUUUUGUUAUUUAAUAGAAGAAACAAAUGUUGUAUAAACUAAUCAAUGUCAAGAGGAAGAUAUGAGUGACUGAUGUGUUGAUAUCAUCACAUGAUUCUUCAUUGGUCACAAAUGCAACUUGAUACGUUGAAAGAGAUGAAACAAAUGGCUGGUGUUUACCUAUAUCCCUUUUGGGCCCUGUUUAAUGGUUUUUUUUUUUUUUUUUUGUAUGAAGUUGUUUGAACCUCACUAUACAGUAUACACUUUUGUAAGAAGUCUUUCAGGUAUUGUGCUAAUGAUUGCUCUGUGUAUAUUAUUCAGUUAGUAUGAAGUAUGAACUGUGUGUUUCUUUAUUAAAAUGUUGCAAAAAAG